AUGAAUAGAUUCAUAUCUUGACUGCAUUUUACUGUAACUUGUCAGUGCACAGUACUAGAAGAGAGCCACUGGACGGACGCAGGACAAAACGUACUGUUAAAAACCAGAACACAGAUGGAGAUGAAGAAAUUCAUACACAUAGCUUUGUUUGCUGUUGUUUCUGUGAUACUCAUAAGGAUACUGAAUAUGGAAAUUUCGGGGGUCACAGUGACGUCAGUUAACAAAAGUAAAGACAGACCCCCAGAAAGGACAGUACUACCACAGAAAGAACUACCGCAGUUUGUCUACCUCGUCCAAGGAGCAUCAAGACACCCUAUUCCCGGUCUAAACGCAUCGCCGAACAGAGAAAUAAUAUGGCUGACGUACAGAGACAAAACAGGCGACAUCUACUUUCCAAACAGCACUCUCACAGAAGGUCGUAACCGGCUGCUCUUGGAAGCAAUUGACCGUGCAUCUAAAAGGAAUGACGGUGGCUACUUGUACUACCUAUUUCUGGACGAUGAUUUGUUUCUAACUAAUGAGAAUGAUACGAAACGCUGGUGGAGAAAAGAUUUACCACGCAACCCUUUUGAUCGAUUUGAACUGUUUUUACUUGAUUUUCAACCGGCAGUUGGGUUUCCAAGAUAUAUGUUUAACAUCCAUGAUGCUCCAGCCCCAGUGGGAGUGAAAUAUAAUUUCGAUGCUAUUUUCAACGGGUUCCACCGCCAUACGAUUUCCUUCAUGUUGCCAUACAUCACCGAUUUAGAUCACACAUCAUGGUGGUUUUCUCAGUGGUUUGUCAUACACAUAUCUGCGAUGUUUUAUAAUUCAAAUCGUGUACUUUGCAACGCGGUGUACGCAAAUAAUCCAAGAACUCACUGGCAGAAUAAGUUGAAGGGAGCCUACACCGAUUCCAACGAUUUCCGUAUACCGCGUGAUUAUUUCAGAACGUGGUUUCACAAGAAGAACAUGGUUAAAACCACUGACCGGAAGAGGAUCAGCUUGCUUCAGACUUUUAAGAGACAGGCUAUAUAUUUUGACAUCCCAGGAAAAGCCAACAGAAAACACAGUAUGGAAUACAGGGUUUCUACAAAGUUUAUAACCACUGCAUUCAAUAAGUCCCAUCCGGGUAUUCAAAAGAUUCUGCGUUGGAGAAAUUUACCGAAAGUAAGGAAUAUCCUGUAUGGGAGUGAGAAGGAUGAACCCAAUUUCUUUCCGGAUGUUUUCCCCUUGCACUAACUCCCCGUCUUCUUUGUUGUCUACAAGAAGACUGUACAGUUGAUAAUAAUUAGAUUCACGAGAUUCCUGAAGUGUUCAGUACAUAUAUUGAAAAAAAAGCUGGACAGUUAUAAAACAGAAGUCGAGGAUAAUUUUAAUAUUAUAUCCAUGGAUGAUAUGAUAAUUGUUACAAUCUUGUGAAGAAGACCCAGUUGUUGACUUUAUAGAGCUCGAAAACAGGUCAAUACUCUGUUCUUAGUUCUGCACACGUUUACAUAUCGGUGAUAGAUGAGAAAAUGCUUAAAAUAUUUCUAUAAAUAUAUUUAUAUAAAUAUAUAUAAUAUAUUUCUAGCGCUGACGUUGUUUUAUGCAAUUGGAAAGAUAACAUAAAUGAAGAGAAGACGGUUGAACUUAUCUUUCCUGAUAACAUAAAUGAGGAGAAGACGGUUGAACUUAUCUCUACUGUUAUAAUAGGGUUUAUCAACAACAUACCAUACGGUGUGAAUAUUAAGGUAUAUUAAAAUAACAGAUUAUUUUUACAUGUUCACCAAUUUUGACGCUCACCGAUCGGUCGAGGGGCAGUCACGUGUGAUCUGGUCGAGCAGUACAUGAUGUCUAACAGUAUCUUACAGUUGCUGAGCUGAUUUAUGGUCCGACUUGUGCCGAUCGCAGUGUGCCUCGGAGAGACCCAUCAAAUAGGUGCAUAAGAAAGCUCAGCACCCUUGUCACACAUAUAUAUAAUUGGUACAUUAAAAAAUACGGAAUAAACACAAAAUGUUUGUGUGACUGACGUGACUCACUUUGUCUUUUUUUCCUAUGUGGAAGGGUCCUUUCUUGAUGGAAUGUUUGUCUUCUUUCUCUUCUUGUCAUUGCUAUGAACAUAUUUGUUGAAUUUUUCCUUGAGUAUGUUGUGUUUUUUCUCCAUACGGUUUAGUUUGCCUUGCAAACGACCGACAACUUUGAUUAGGCCGUCGAAUUCAUUGCGCAGUUUCUGAAACUGGGACCGUGAAACCGUCGUACUGUUCCCUUCGGCGGACAAACCUUCGUCUUUGUCCUUCGGUCGUUUGGUCAAUACGAUUCCUUUGCCUAAGAGAGUAAUGACAGCGUAGCCGUGACCGCUGUUGGCGCCGCUGGUUCCGUUGCGCUCCGUCCCGUUGUUAAACGAACUCCCCCCUGCAACGCACAAUGACCACUGAUCCCAAUCCCCUCGGUU